AUGGCCAACAGCGGCAGUUGGAAGCGAAUGAAGAGGGUGUUUUUUCCGUGGGGAAAGAAAAAUCGCAACCAACCACCGCCACCACCACCGCCAUCAUUCGACGAACUCACCUCCUCGCCAGGUAUCCAAUGUUUUAGUUUUAAUUUUAACAAAACGAGGUGUUCAAUCUUGCUUUUAGGCUUUUCAGUUUGCUUUUAACAUUACAUAAUUUAACCAGAGGACCGAAUUUAUUAGUAUGAAAAACUAGUGGUCAACCUUUCAAGCGUGAUCUAUAAAUCCAAGCGUUUACUUUGCACAAUGUGUCAAAAAAAACCAUCAUUUUCAAAAUCGCCGGGAGCAAGUACUAGUAUAAAAAUUGAUGUUCAAGACAUUAUGUAUUUGACUGACGAUUAGAUAAAAAAAAAAUUCAUGGGUUUCAAGUAGCAAAAUAGGCACUUUUUUAACAAAAAUAAAUAUUCAUUGGUGGGAAUUAAGAGUCGGGAAACUUUACCGAUUUCGCGUUGAAAUCAUUACUUGUCUUCAAUUGAAGUUCUGGAGUAAAGUAUUCGCUCAUAAAACGACAGAGCGACCAUUGAUCAUGAUAUCAAUAUCUGCGCACAUUAUAACAGUGCACAAAAGGAAAACAAGAAUAAAAUCUGUUUUCCUUUCUGGUGGUUAAAAUUUUUCCUGGUAUUAUUCGUUAACUUGUAGGGUACUAGUUUUAUCCUCUUCGAUUCCUGCCAAUUCACCUGUUGUAUAAUAUUAUUGUGCGAAUGCAUGCAAAAUAGACACUGUUGACCAUGCAAAGAUUGGCGGUUCCGUAAUUUGCGAGGCGAUUUUUUAAUUUUACUAUUCAGAUAUUUCUUUUGUUGUUACAAGCAGACAGGCUUAUUUUGUCUUCGCCAUAAGCUUGUGCUUUUUCUGUAAAUAUUAUUGAAAAAAAUUAUGUAUAUGGCAAUUUGUCGUUGUAACAAUUAAAAGUGAAAAGUAGCCAAAAUGAAAAAAGCUAACAAAAAAAAAAAAACUUUAUUUCUAGCGGGCUUUGCUCUUUUCGUUCAUAUCUGAAACGCUGUAUGGCGCUCCGGACUGACUCAGUCGCCUGAGUUAAUAUUUAGUACUCCAUAAAAAAGCAAAAUUGUAUUAAAGGAUCCACGCGAAUAAAGAUCUCGUCUAAGAAAGCCACGGCGCCGUGCCGGUGUUAACCCGUUAGUCGCGGAAAAUUUAAGAACUUAAUCUGCUUUUAGGUAUAGUGCAUGGACUCUGUUUUGAGGAAAUAAAAGAAAACAACAUAACAAUAAAAAAAAAGUUAUUUCUGGUAUCAAAAUACGGUAACAUUCGCCUGGAAAAAAGGUAAUCGCCGAAGACUUUUUGCCAAGACUUCUUUUUCAGUUGGAUUUAACACAACCAGGAUGAUAAAUGUUUUUAUCAGCCAAGCUGUCAGGUGUCGAUGAAUAUGUCAAGCUUUUAACAGGCAGAAAGAGCCCUUGCUCACAAUUAAUUUUAAAGAAUAGAAUUGUUUUUCUUUUCCCUUACAGAAUUCAUUUACGAGUAAUUCUUGCGUGACCGUUUCGUUUUUGGUAUUGAUUUUGCAGUAGUUUUAAUACUAAGGGUGCCGUUUCUUUACUAAAAGAUUGGAUCAAAAAUCCGGAUCAAUAGGAUUUUGUCGUUGAGAAAAGAAACAAUGUAUCCAAAGCGAUCAUUAUUCAUUCAUUUCCGUAGAAACAACCCACAAUAUCGACGGUAUCCCGGAGAAAGAAUAUCACGGCUGCUGGCAAUGUUGGAAGUUUACAACUUUCAUUGUGUUCUGGACAGUUAGCCUUAGGGCACUGCUUUUAAUAGACGGGCCAAAUGAGGACGAGUCUUGAAAUAAGAUAUACAUUGGAAAGUAAAGUCUUGCAAGACAACCCUAGAAGUUGUGUAGCACUUUUGCCCUUGUGAACUAGAACAAUGCAGGUCCUGUUUGUACCACCCCGAUAAAACGGAUAAAAUCGAUCGAUCGAUUUAAUAGGCCAUUUCCACUAAGAGGUCAUGUGACAUCGCUUUUAUGAAAAUGAAAGUUAUAUGAUUUUGCCCUCGAAAAACGAUUAGUGGGUCAUAUCUUAAACAAAAUAAUAGUGAUUUGGUUUUUCAAACCAGCACCAUUUUCUUAAAAUGAGUCAGUUCGUAGCUGGUCACGUGACCAAAAUGUGACUUUUAUAUUAUAAAUUAACUUUUUCUGAACACAAAUUUUGCUCUUAAACUUCAAGGAAAAUGUUGAAAAUAUGAUGUGGUAACGUUUACAGCACAUCUAAGCAUAACCAUCGAACGUUUUAAAACAAGAUAUAAGAAAAAAGUAGUUUUAGCCGGGCAUACUCUUGCCCUCCAACAUGGCGGCUAAUACAAAUCAUACUACUUUGUUGAAAAAUCGAAGUGCCGUAAAAUAUCUCCCUUAAAUGUGUAUCCUCUCAAAUUUCGGGUGUAGGAUAAUUUUUAUGGGCUCUGUCAAUUUUUGGCAUCAGCAAGAUUGUUGAAAGGAAGCAUUGGUCACGUGACCUCUAAGUGCAAGUGGCCUAUUGUCAAAUAGCUGAUUAGUACGUAUUAAGAUUCACUCUUUUUGGCGUAGUAAAGAAACGCUUAAGUAUCCGGUUUUGGAUAUGAUCUUAAGAAACCAAUUCCGUUGUCGAUCAUUUGGUUCAAUAAGCCGUUUUUGGGUUAAAAAUCCGGAUUUGGAUUUUAGUAAAGAAACGCACCCUAAAUACGUUAUAUAAAUUUGGCUAUUUUGCUUGUGACCGUUGAGCCAUAUAUAAUGCAUAGAAAUUUUUUGGAGGAAAGCGUUUUUAAAGUUUUAAGUUUUUAAACUUGGGACUUAAUAAGGCCAUCCCAAUAAAAUGUUUCGUUUCCCAUCGCCCCGUCUCUUGUGAUGGUGGGUUGAUCAGUUGGUCGGGCAAAAAAACAAAGGAUGAACACUUGGAGGGAUCUGGGUUCCAGAGAAGGCCGGGAUGCUAAUUAAGAGAGCCUGGUUACAAAGUCAACUCUUUUCGACUAUCAAACGUCUAAACAGCCUUUCAAAAACGUAGUAUCGAUGUUAAUUAAAGACAAGGACAUCACAUCAUACCAAUUGUUGUUAAUAAGAUCGUGUGCUUGUAAAUUAAAGUACUUGCUUCUUUGACUAGUGAAUCUGGCAUUUUUUUUACUUUUCGAAAAAAAUGGGUUGGUUGGGCGAUGGGAAACGAAGUGAUGUUAUUCGGAUGGCUUAAGCAAAAUUUUGACAAAACUUACAGAUCUUGCAGAAUGUUCUCUUCGAUAAUCCAAUAGAAAUUGAAUGAAAAAUUGAAUGCAUGUUUUUUUUUUCAGCUCAUAUCGAUAAUACACAUCUGUUUAUAUAUUUCUAAAUUUAGAAAUAUUUUCUAAUUUGGGAUGAUCAAUCUGUUGCAGUCAACAUUAUUAUUUUGAAUUAUCGAUUAUUCGGUUAUGAAAAUUCAUUGUUAUAUGCCAAUUUUUAAGAUAACGUUUGUGCUGUUAUGUCCCCGUUUACUGAAAAUUAAAUGCAUGGCAACUUAAACACUGAGAAAUAAGUAGUUAUCUGAUUAAAAUAGGCCAGGGCCUCCUCUAAGAGAAGUUUAUUUGAUGCAGGGAGGAAUCAAACGCGAAAAGAUUCCCCAAGGAGAAGAACUGUCAGUUAUAUUUCACUGCACCGUCUAUAGCGAUGAUUUUAGCACGUUUAGUUACUUCUAAAGAGAAAAAGACGUAAGAAACCUUGGUAAGAGCAGCAGAGAUUCGAAACCCCCAAGAAAUCCUAGAAAUCUUGAAGUCUUUAAGCGGAGGAGAAGGCCUGCGCAUCUAUUACCAUCGAAAAUAUCGCGGCUUUUUUGCAAUUAAGUUGUUAGUUAAUUAACUCAUCAAUCAUCUAACAGCCAGACUCACCAGGAACUGGUGGUUAGGAGAAUCUCUAUUCCAGGAUCUUCCAAUACUUCCACAGAAUACGAGGGCAUUAAAUUUGCAUUUUCUGAUUUCCUUUGGAAAGCUAAAAUAUUUCAAGGGUACAAGGAAUCUGUGAGAUUUUAGUAGAAUGCCAGCGAGCUAUGCAUUAUCCGAAAGAUAGCUGCUACUUAAAAGAAUGACAGCAAGAUUCUUGCCCUUGUGUCACUCUAAUUAGUUGCAGCAGAGGCUUGUUAUCACAGAACACGCUACGAGGAGCUACGCUGGGGCUUAAGCAAACGAGAGUGUGAACCCUUAUAUUAGCACUGAAUUCAUUUCGGACGGAUGAUGACUUAAUAUGCCUAUCAAGAGUCUAAUGCUUACCAUAUGCUUUUUGAUUACAUUGUGAUAGAAAAUGAAAGUCGUAAGGCUGUCUGAGAUGGCUCAGUUAGUUGUAGAGCAUCAAACUGGUCACUGGGACAAAGGAAUGUAAGCUUUUUGACGUACAUCAGAUCAGAUGUGAUAGAAAAGAGAAAGUUUAAGGUUUUCUGAGACGACCGUCUCAGUUAGACAGUUGCCGAGAGUAUUUAACUGGUCAUUGGGAGCUAAGGAAUGUAAGGCAUCAACAAAAAGAAGCAUAUCAGAAGGAACAUAGAGGGCAGAGUUUAGUGAGUUGCUCAAGUUUGAAAACUUGCCAUAGAGCUCACGUGUAUUCAUCCUAAUCCCUGCUAAUACAACCUAAGCUAAACUCAUAUUGCAAAUCGGCCGAAAUAUUCUAACAUCUCAUGGCAGAAAAAGAUCAAAACAAAGACCCAACGACACAUCCGCGAUGUCUUUGGCAAAAUGUCAUGGCCCCCUCGCCCUUCAGAGCUGAAUGACAGUGCCACAGAUGUCCCUUAAGCGGCUAAGUGCGUUUACUUGACUGCUGACUGGCAGCAGAGAUUCGCCAGAGAGAGCUAGAAUGUUGUCAAAGAGACCAACGCCUCGUUUGCACAUGCAAGACUUAGCUCAUUUGGUGUAACGUUUAGCCAGAGGGAGCGUUAAGCCACCUAGAACAAAUUCUUCUCCCGUAUGCUGCAAAAACUCUCAGACGAUCUCUUUCAGAUGCUUCAGAUGCACAGUUUCCGCCCAAGCACAGACAGCAUCUAUGAGCCGGCUCAGACAGAGAUUGUUCUGUUCAAAGAGGCGUAACAUUGAGUCCGACCAACUACUGCCUUGUGCUUAUUGCCUGUUCAAGCAUGUGUUCCGAGCAAACUUAUCAACAGAAAUGUGGAGGCUACGUCUUGAGAACUGCCCUGAAAUUCCCAGUCCCUUCAUUAAUUAAGACAUGUGUGCCCGGGGAGGUGGGGAGGUGGGGGGACUAAACUAAAGUCUUGGGGAGGCCCUGCUCCGAGGUCUCAAAACCAGAACAUUUUCUUUUUUCUCAACAGGCAUGAAAUGCAUCUUUUAUCUCUUUUGGACCUCUUCACAAACCGAGAUUUCCUUACCUUUCAUAUACUUCGACUAUUGAAAUCCCUACUCUUUUAUAUACCUGAAGCUUGAAGAAGGCACAUUCUGAACAUGGUGUAGUUUUCUAUAUAUCCGGUACGGCCCCUCUUAGGUAUUAACAAAACUCUAUAGAAUUACAUUAUAACAAUCCUGCAGAUUUUUAAAUAAUUUGCAUUUACUAAUCAUAAACCCAAAAGAAUGUAGAGGCCGCAGUCUCUCAGGUAAAUGGUAAAAAGUCUUCCUGAGUAAAUUUAUUGAGCAAGAAAACUUGUAAACUUGGAUCAGAAUUGCUAGGCAAUGCACAACCAAUAUCGUAGAACAAAAUGUGCUCAAAUUUUCAUCGCUACCGAUGUCGUGCAGUUUUUUGGUUUGGUUUGUUUGUUUCUUAGUUUAUUGAGAACUUUUGCAACAAUUUUAAACUUUAAUUGAAAUUUGAAUACUACAACAACUACAACUGGUUUUGUCUACUUCGCGUCGGAGGUCAAGGAAACCCUGCAUGCAAUGAAAACAAACUGGAGAGACUGAAACAUGAUUGGCUGCUUAUAGAAAUUCUUUAUUUUGAUUGGCUGUCGACUCUCUGCUUGAAUGACGUCCAACGUAUCACGCAGGCGCCGUGACUGUGUAACCAGGAUCUUUCCGCAGAUGUAUUUCUUCACAACAAGGCGGCCCUUAACCUUUUGCCAGUUAUUAGAAAUGAGAAUUAUCUGCUAGAAAAUAGUAGAUCUUCCUAGUUUGCAUUGAGUAACCAUCUCAGGAGUUUCAAGGUAGAUGAUAAAAUGGACUUGGAACUUCCUGCUGGCUUCACAGACUUGCUACAAGAAUUUACAGUGCAAGUCUUGCAAGAUAAACCUGACGAUAUUGUGGAGUUCGCUGCCAAUUAUUUCAUGAAACUCAAACUAAAGGAAAAGCGCUCCAAGGACGGAACAAAAAGAAGAGGGAAAGGUGUUAGUUUUCAGAGCGAAGAGGUUAAUGGAGAGGAAAAUUCGGAUGAUGAAGACGAUGAAGAAGAUAUGGGUAAAAAAAUUAUUGGCUGUACAAUAACCCGACAUGCUCAAUUUUGGCUAUCGACUUAAUGUCGAUUUUCCGAAAGAAGUUUAAGAAACCUUUAGGCGUUUAUUUCACGUUAUAGCUUUCACUGUCUGUAACUCCUCCAACUUGGGAUCUCAUUAGUUAUAGUGUGCAGAGCAAUUUGAUGUUAUUGAAAUGUCUCUUCGUGAGCAUAUAAUAAACUCGUUACUACCCAUUUGCAAAGCAUUAAGCCCAUGCACUACUGACUUUUCUUUGCUUUGUCCGUAAAUGUAACCCGCACUUGGGGACAUAAAGCUCAAACUAUGCCCAUUUAUUCAUUGUGCUUGUUGGAAUAUUUCAGAACCGCCAAAAAACCGCUUUGCAAGAAGACAAUCAGGUUAGAAAGUUACUUUAUUUCUGUAUUUAUUAUAAGCUUAAGCUUACCCAAGUUGGUUUUUGUUGUUGUUGUCUUUGUUUUGCUUGACUUCAGGCGUGAAAAACAUGAUUUUAUGCAACCAGCUGUGAUCAUUAAAUCAUAUUUAUCACCCUGCUCAUUACUAACCAACAAGUUUUUGUAGUCAAAAGGUUUUGAUUUCUCAGUUAUUGAAACGAGUGACUAGGGAAUUUGGGACAAAUGAGUUACUUAGCUUUCGUUUUCAAGGGAACAACGUUUCAAUAAGCUUAGAAUUUUUCCACUUUUUAUAGUUUGUGCAGAGCCACUGAACCCGGACUCGGAUGAAGACGACGAAAAUCCGGUUAGUGAUACAUUUCGUUUGUUUUUGAGCUUUACUAGUUUGUUUAUUGGAUGCAUAGAAAUCUACAUAAUUGCGCUUUAGUUGAGCACAAUGUUUGUUUCCGUUACUCAGUUUGCAAAUAACUUAGAUGGCCAGGAGAAUGAAGGUCAAACUAGGGGGCCUUAAAAAUAAAGGAUCUUGGUUAUGAUUGGACUGUACUUGUGUUUCAUUGCAUAGUACAGUAGACUCGUAGAAAUGAAUGAUUUUGUGAAUGAUAAGUGUCCUUGUGCAUGUUGUUCUUGAUAUUGUGCGACCGGUCAGUUAACCUCAGACAAUGCAUUUAAACAACUUCAAGAUAUUUUCAGAAAUUUUAAUGAUAAAAGCAUUCAUUGAUCUUCAUUAUUUCCAAGUUGACAUUUAUUGACCUGUUGAUCCAUCUCCAUUGUCUGUGGUCUGGGAUGUUUAAUGUAAUAGAUUUCUAAUAAUGUAAACUGGCAGAAAAUGAUUACUUUGUGUGGUUUUCUCAACCAAUAAUUUCUCUUUUUUUUUUAGGUUGUGUAUCCCAAAUCAGAUGAACAGCGUAAGCGGCUGAAUGAUGCUAUCAAGAAUAUCCUCCUUUUCAAGAAUGUUGAACCUGUAAGUCAUAAACAGAUAGUAGAAAUCCAGCCUUGUUUUUGCUGAAGAGAUAGCUGGUACUGAGACUAGUAAGUAGGGCUAUUCACAUGGUACCAGAAUGACUUCCAUUUCGGAAUAAGACUAGUUAGUGUUGUUUCACAAUGAAGGUUGUUGUACAUUCACAUGGCAAAUUCCUAUUUGACCCUUUUCGUAUAAAAUAAUUUCCUUGCCCUUACUGUCUUAUCUUGAAAACCAUAGUGCCACUCAUCCAGGUUUGUGAUUUUUAUUGUGGACUGUGAAGCUUAUUUUCAGUUUACAUAAAUGAUACCAGCAUAAAUAAUUGUUGUACAUACCACUACAAGAAUUUCAUUCAGUUGAAAACAAGAAUAAAAAAGAUAAAUAAAAGACAUGAAUAAAAUUAUUCUUUGAUAGAAUUGAAAGCUUGUGUAUAAAAAGUUUUUCUAUCCUAGGAAUUGAAUCUUUGUUUACUCUAAAGAAUAAACUCAUUCCAGAAUGACAUGUACAGCAGUAACGUUUCAUCUUAGUAUUAUGUAAACAGAUACAGAGAAAUUAGGGAAAGAAAUUGUUCCAGAAUGACAGUCAACAGGCGUAAUUUUUCUUACAACUUGUCUUGCAUUUUUGUAGCAACAAAAGCUGAAACAAAAAUUGCAUGAUAUAAUCUCACCACUUGAAACAUGUUUGAUGCAGCAGCGCUUUGCAAAAAGGGGAAUCAAGAUAGUGCUUAUGCUUUGUAUUGCAGUUGCUGCAACAUAACUGGUCAUUAUUGUGCUUGUGAAACUAGGCAAUGUUUGUGCAAGUUGCCUUGUAGCAGCUCAAAAAAAUAGUGCUCAACUCAUAUAUUACUCAGAAUCAAAGUAGUGGCAAGGUAGAGCUGCUUAGUGCACAAAGAACUUGUAUUGACUUUAAGUUUGAUACAUGUACAUAGAAAGAAUUGCAUUUCAUUGUUGAUCCUUGAUUCUUAACCCUUUUUGUUUUCGUGCUUUAUAACACUGUGAAACAUUUGAACCCAGGAGUCAAUUCAUAAGUAGGUUGAGUAUAAUCUUGUGGGUGAAUGUAGUCCUGAAUAGGACUAUUGUUGACAGUGAUUGACAUUUCAACAACCUGUGAGGUAGUCAUCUUCAGAGCAAGGUUUUAGCCAGAAGGGUGUCCAGCUGUCAUAUGGAUACCCAUUUUGGAAGAAAUAUGAGGAACGUUCCUUUCAUCUCUAAUAAUGUUAUGAGAAAACAUGCCUUCUGGACAGCCAGUUUUCAAUGUCUGGCUGAAAGCCUGCUUCAGAGUCAAAGUGAGUCGUAUCAUGUCAGUUGAUGGUAUGUAACUCUGGUUAUUGACCUGAUUGGUCUAUUAAGUUGCGAUUUUGUUGGUUUUUUGUCAGUUAAGCCGCACAAUGUUAUCACUACUUCAAGAGAAUCACUGGACAACUGAAAAUUGACUAACAUUAAACAACUGUUUAACUGUGAGCAUAGAUGGAUUGAAUUGCACCAAUGACAUUACGAGUCUUCAUAGCCAGACAACUGACAGAUGACCAAUAACAUUAGCCUUAAUUGACCAAUCAGGUCAAUAGCCAGAGUUUAGUACCAUCAACUGACAUGAUACAACUCACUUUGACUCUGAAGAUGACUACCUCAAAAAGUUGUCAAAACAUCAGUCACUGUCACCAACAGUCCUAUUCAGGACUAUGUUCACACAGACAAUCGCACUCAACCUACUUUAUAGCACCAGUAGAAAACGUUUUCUAUGUUUGUGUGGCCUGAUAUAAAAAAUGAGAGGUUGUUGAGAGAAUGAAGUUAAGUGUUUUGCAUAGCUUUCAAUAAUUCUCCCAAACCCUUGAGCAUUAAAAUCAUGCUGUGCAAAUUCUCUCUAGGGGCCAAGUGUUGUUCAUGUUACAGGUCAAAAUAAAAUUCAGGUUAAAAUUGUUUAACCGAGGUUGAUUAUUAAUUUUCUGUUGCCUCAUAUCCUAGCCCUAAUUAUUCGUGAAUCAGGAAAUUGAGAGUCAACCUAGGUUAAAAAAUUUUAAGCUGAAUGUAAUUUUGACCUUAACAUACACAAAGGUUUUGUAUGGAUAAUUAGUUCUUGUUUUUGCUUAAAUUGUCAGCUGAAGUAAAAGAAACUUUUGUAUGCCAUGCUUGUACAGAAUUUGCAAGUUUAAAAACUAGAAGUUAUAAUUUUUAAAGUAACCUUUCAGGGUCUUAGGCUCAAAACUUUCGUCAACAUAGUGGUUGCAUGAUCAAUGCAUUGACAAGAAAACAUAAUAAAUAUACUCUUGUGUAAACAAACUUCUCAGCUAAUCACAGUGCGCAUACUAUGUUAGUUAUUUUAAAAAUAUUUAUCUUUAGGAACAAUUAAAUCAAGUUCUUGAUGCCAUGUUUGAGAAGAAAGUACAGCCUGGGGAGCAUGUCAUAGAUCAAGGAGAUGAUGGUGACAACUUCUAUGUCAUAGAUAGAGGUGUAUAUGACAUCUAUGUGAAAAUUGAUGGCCAAGACAAACUGGUAAUUUUAGAAAAAAGUUUAUUUUGUUAAACAUAGGAAAUUGCUGCACUCUUCUUAAUGGUGUUUCUGUGUUUCAAGGUUCAUUUCUUCCCGUACGAUACAGAAGACGUUAAAACAGCGCUGCUUUAGCGACUUAUUAGCGCUGCAACGGGCGCUGCAGAAAGGUUGCACGAACGCUGUUUUCCGUUCGCUGCAGCAGUGCAUUUUUGUGACUGCGUUAACGCUGCGGUAGCGACACUGAGAGCUGCAGAAGCGCUGCCGUAAAGAUGCAAAAAAAUAGCCACACGAGGCCAUACGGUCGAUAAACAGCUUUUAGGCAGCGCUGUGUAGCGUUAGUGAAGCGCUGCAAAGAACAGUUGUACAAAAAAAAGAAAUGUAGACUUCAACAAUACAAUAAUCAUGAGACAUGGUUAAGGAGUUGACAAGAGGCCUUAUAGUAGCGGAGUAAAAACCACAAGAAAGACAAAAUGCAACUGAUACUUUAUUAAUAUCCAAGCGUACACGUUACAAAAGCAGGUGACAUAUAAAAAAUCUACAACAGUCUCGCUUUGUGAAUAUUCAGCAAUCACGGUCACUCAUCUAAAUAUAAGAACAUCCAUUAACCAUGCCGACAUUGAAGUUUAUCUUUUUUGAAAAUAAAGAGAAUAAGAGUGAUUGUUCUACAUAAAGUUUGCACGGACAGCAGCCAAAUGAUGUUUUGAUUCGUUGCAACAGGUUAAGCCUAACAUCACUCACCUUGACGUUUUGUCCAUGAUCCACGAUCUGCCGUCACUGUUUUCAUGAAAGAAAUCAACCCAAUUUUACUUUGGUCGUCGUUAAAUUUUACAACAGACUAAGGAACGUACAUCAUCGUGAACGUUUGAAUCUUGUAAAUACAUGCGUACCCCAGCUGAGAUUCUUGUAUCUGUGUUGCUUGCUCUGGUUCGAUUCGUCGGUACUUCGCGUAGAAUUCACUAAACAGUUUCGUUGUUUACAAAUACCUUUGAGCUGUUCCAUCCAAAAACAUUAACAGAACUUCCACCUCGAAACAGAACUAGAUGCUAAAAACUUACAAUGUAUGAAUGUUUGCGCCUUUCAUUCAACGGUCGCAAAUGUUUGUCUAGCGAUGUAAUGCGAUCUCAUGCAAAAGUGCCGACCAAUUAGAUUACAGCCUGGAAUGUCUCCAGGGAAUUAGCAAUAACAUUCCCACACUCGCCAGUCACAGAAUAAAAUUUAUUGAAAUCUUUAUUCCAAAAGCAUAGAAUUUGGAGGUUUAUUCAAUAAGUGAUCUUCCCUGCACACAAGCUUACUCACAUUUCUUAGAGGUACAGUCAAAGUUUUCUCGUUGUGAAAGCGGUAAUCUGUGGCAAAAGGCUUUUCUGGCGAUUCAUGUUAUGAGCGCUCAAGAACGUUGUGCUAUCAGAUCGAGCGCGGCUGAAUUGUAGCGUUACUGCAGCUAUUGAAAGUCGGCAACUGCGCUGCAAAACUGCUGCCGAGAGCUUCAAAGGCUGCACCAGCGCUUUUGCAGCCCGCUGCAACUUGAAUUAAUCUGUUGUUUGGCUUCUAAAAUGCUGCUAAACAGCUGCAAUUUAGCUGUACAGCUAUUUUUAAGAGAUUUUGAAGCGAUUUUGUGGCGCCGUACAGCGCUGCAAGUUUCGUACGGGUUUGCUCUCCAGGGUUUUAAUUUUGAAGAUCUUUAAGUCCUUAUUUGGUAUCUGCAGCGUUGUGCAGCGAUAAUGCAGCCUCAAGCGUCGCUUGUAUUCAGGUUGUCAUAUGGAGUGGUUUCAAUGUUUAUAUCUAAGUCUCAUUGCAGCUUUUAAGCAGCGGCCCGCAGCGCUGCUUUACCGCUGCUAUACCGUGGCAAAAUGUUGCAGCGCUUUCGCAGUGCACGAAAUGUGACGUUCUCUGCUUUAGCGAAUCUCGAGCACUGCUUUACAGACGCUUAAGCGCUGUGCAACCAUAAAAGUGAACUGCUGCAGCGCUGCGGCAGCGUUGCGUCGUUCGUACGGGUUGUCAUCGUAAUUAUGAUCAAUGGCAGCGAAUAACGUAAUUGUCAAGGCGCCUUUUGUACUUCAGAGUUUGCUGGUUUUUGAAAAGUGCAGUGAUUAACGUUUUCUUUAACUGUUGUUCUCAUUAGGUAGGAGCUUACAAUGAGAAAGGUAGCUUUGGUGAACUGGCAUUAAUGUACAACACUCCAAGGUAUUAAGAUAAUUAUUUAUUUGAAUAAACAUGACAGCAAGUUCUUUGUUUUGUUAACAAGUUAAAAAAACUUGUGAAUUUAUUUAUUGUAGGGCAGCAACCAUUAUUGCAACAUCUGAAGGAAUACUUUGGGCUCUGGUAAGAAGCUGAAAUAUUAAUUAGUUUAUACUAAUAUCAAUCAAUUUUUUUGUGAAGGAUAAGGCAAUAGAUUUUUUUUUGGAAAUCAUAAAGUGUAGGGUUUUGUUGGUGACUCAUACACAUUGUAUUUGGUAAUGUUUUGAAGAAACAGCUGUCUUGUUCAGGGUUUUCACUAAGAUUUCAAGUUGCUGGGUAAAUACAACAAGUAGGCAGGGAAUCAAACGGCUAGGGAUUUUGUUUGGUUCUAUUUUUCUUCUAUUUUCCAAUAAAAGUAGCCGGGGGCCACUCUCUUAGUAGCUGGGGAAAAUCCCCGGCCCCUUUUUGGAAAUCAUAAAGUGUAGGGUUUUGUUGGUGACUCAUACACAUUGUAUUUGGUAAUGUUUUGAAGAAACAGCUGUCUUGUUCAGGGUUUUCACUAAGAUUUCAAGUUGCUGGGUAAAUACAACAAGUAGGCAGGGAAUCAAACGGCUAGGGAUUUUGUUUGGUUCUAUUUUUCUUCUAUUUUCCAAUAAAAGUAGCCGGGGGCCACUCUCUUAGUAGCUGGGGAAAAUCCCCGGCCCCUGGCUCUUAAUGACAACCCUGCUUGUUUCAGUGUUCCAGAUAAGAGAUGGGUCUCGGGUAAAUAACCCAACAAAGAAGGCUUGCUGACCCCACAUAUGAAAGAUAUAUUUAAUAAGCUAAUUAUAACGAAAAAAUUGGUUGUGGUUUGGGUGACCCGUCAGAUGGUCUACAUGAUCUCCUGCUUGAAAUAAUUAACUGGAAUGCUGUGUUUUACAGGACAGAGUUACAUUUAGAAGGAUACUGUUAAAGGCUGCAGCCAAAAAGGUAGGUACAACUUGAGGUGCUAAAUUUUGCACCACAUGUAAAUUUUGUUUGUUAGGCAAUGCAUUAGGUCAUGAUAGCGGGAAAUAGGUCUGUUUGCACAUUAACACCGCAGUGGCCAGUGAGUGUCCAGGUCGAUCCCUUGUCAACAGUUUAUUCUGUUGUCAUCAUCUAUAUAAAUAUUAGGACAUUUAGAUUUAAGGACAAGAACGACUAUGAGUAUGACUACUACGAUUUGAUUUAAAGUUUUUUUUUUUUCGCACAUUGUCAAAAAAAGACACCCAAAAUGCUUCUAUCAUUGAACUGUUUUUGACCAAUAAAGUUAGAUCAACUGUUAUCCUCUUAGUAUUAGUAGUAUUAGUCUUCUUCUAUAUAAUUAUUGGAGACAACAUUUAUGUUUAACUUCUGCAGAAGCUAAGAUCCUUUGAACUUUACCUGAAUAAGUGCAAUUAUUCAGUGUACUGUUCAGCCUAAAAGAAAAUCCAAAGUCAAUUUAAAAUUGACAAGAAAAUUCCAAUGGAAAUAUUGUUUCGUUGCUCAUGAACCCUUGUUUCCUUUCAGAAAAAAAACAAUUUUGUGACCAUCAGCAUUUUUGCCAAAACUUAGGUUCAGCUCAUGACGAGUUUGGCAUCUGACCUGUGCCAAACACUCUUCAUCCCUAGGAAAUCUGUUAAAUAAAAUAACAUAUUCCAUGCCGCCGUGCAACUGUUCAGUAUUAGAUCACAGAUGAUAACAAAUGUCGAAAAACCAAGAACACAAGCCACAGGCAGGUUUUUACCACAUUUUGACAUCUUCUGUAAUCUGUUACUGAACAGACACAGGGCAACAUGGAAUCUACUCAUUUUCUACUAUGAACAGGGAAGAAAAACUGACAUACUUGCCUCAUACUUCUUGACUAUUCGAGGAUUUGCUUUAGUUUGAGCAUUUUAAAGUCACAAACUCUACUUUUCAUCCUUACAUCUUCUUUUCUUCUUUAUUAUACUGUAAACAGUUUGCCUGGGAAGUUUUUCAUUGCCUUCACAGUUUCAAAACUGUGGGUCUCUCAUACCAAUGACACACAAUGGCAACUGUCAUAAAGAUCUGUUUCAGUUUAGGCAUUUUCAAGUCGUCAAGAACUCUGUUUCUCUUGGUUUCUCCAUUGUUCCUCUUUGUAACUAGCUUCUGCAAACCCUUUUUGGAGGCUUUCACUUGCUUACACUGAAAUAGUCUUGCAAACAUUUUAAAACCGCACACCAUGUUAAACAAAACAAAGAAAAGCAACUUCCCGUGACAUCAUCCAUUUGUCUGUACUCUGACGAAUAGAUUAUGAGAUCAUGGGCAAUGACCAAUCACAGUGCGAAUAAUAUUCACCACAUAAUUUGUGUAGUUGAAAUUAUCCAAAAGUGAUUAUGCAUUACAUAUUGAUAAUGGUUAUUAUUAAUAGGUGUGUAAUGUCAAGUUCCAUGCUUUUAUUGAUAAUUAUGUUGUUUUGUUUUCAGAGAAAGGCUCAUGAGGCUUUACUGGAAAAUGUUCCCAUGCUAAAGGAGAUUACAGUACGGUGCCUGUUCUGUUGCUUUCCCUAAACAAUAAUAUUUCAUGUCAACUGUAACCCACUACAUAGACUGAACAUUUAAUUUGAUUGUUUUUGUAUAGGAUUUUAAAAUAUUUUUGUUUACUCUCUGUCUGCUUAAUUGUAUUUAUGUUACAGGACUAUGAGCGCAUGAACCUAGCUGAUGCAUUAAUGUCCAAAAAAUUCAAAGAUGGAGAUUGUGUUAUAAACCAGGUGAAUGUUGUUGAUUACAAACAUUUUAGAAAGAGUUGAAAACAACUAUUGAACAAAGUUUGUGUGAUCAAUGGCAGAGUGAUGAGCUCGAGAACAGUAAAAAAUGCAAAUUCUUAGCUUAAAUUAAUGAGCAUCACAUCACCCUCCACAUGUUGCCAUCUUUACAUUUUUUAAACAUGCUGUUAUGUUUGAGAGUCCUGACAGUAGAAAUUGGUUAUUAGAGAGUUUUAGAUCCGAGUUUACUGUGAACCUCUAACCACUGGAGGUCAUGUGACAAGUCUUUUGCGUCACGUUUGAGGUUUAUGACGUGUGUUUUAAACGUGGGGAGGUAGGUUUUCACGUAGGUCAUUUACGUGAAAGCUUUUACUGUAUAAUUCUUGUUUUAUCUCACGUGAUGAUACAAAAAUCAUGUGGAGCAAGUCUUUAUCCAUUAACAGAGGCACAAAUUCGGGCGAAAUGCUAAUUUUGAUAAAUCCUAUUGGAUCUUGAAAAGAAGUGCCAUUCAUGGCUGCUGAUUCAAAAUGGCGGCCGUAAAUUUGCAACAAGAACUAAUGUAAGAAUUUACAGCUCUUUGCUGCUAGAUAACCCAGUGUUACCGCAGGGUGCAAAGAAAGUCAGUUUUACAGCCUGCCAUUCGGGCAAGCUGUAAAUAGCAUGUACUAGCCCACAAGUCAUUUCAACUAGCCCCAAAACCCUUUUUGCUUGGCAGGAUUGAUAACAAUCCUUCUGUAAUUUGAAUUUCCCCAAAAAACAGCACUUACCCAUCAGGUAAGUUAAGAACAAAAAACACUAGCCCGAUAGCAAAAUCCACUAGCCCCGGGCUGUCGGACACGACUUUCUUUGCACGCUGUACUGUAAGUUUCUUUUAUUUUCACUGAUUGAUAUUUCUUCUAUUUCUAAAUGGAAAAAUAAACCCGAAUCCACUCUAAAUCGAAUUAUGUUUGAAUGUUGAACUGCAAACGGGUAACCUCAAACCGCGGUUAGAGGUUCGCGGUAAACUCGGAUCUAAAACUCUCUAUUGACACAUAUUUUUUACUUCUGGGGUGUGCAUGUAAUUUUCUCACGAACUGUCAGAAAACGUGUAAGAAGUGUAAAAAUUUAGAGGUAAUGGUAGUGCAGGGUCUCGAUGACUUUUUCCAUAAGCAGUUGCAGCUGGUGGAAAAGGCAGCUGUGACCAGCACAGCCCAGUUGCCCCUGAAAUCUGAGAAGACAGCAGAUAGAAGUCCUAUAGGUGGGGUUAGACAAUCAAUAUCUGGCUUUUAUUGAAACCCUGGUAAACGGAGGUUCCAAACUAGGUUUUACAAAGGAAAAAACUCGGAAAAAAAAUCUAUAUAUUUGCAGGGAGAUGAUGCAGACUGCAUGUACUUUGUGGAAAGUGGCAUGGCAUCAGUCAGAAUACACAAUCAAGUAAGUUUUACAACAUAAUAAAGGAAACAAACUGCUUUAUUACCAUCGAAGAUUGGAGGAUGCUUGUGCACCAACAUGCAUGAAGCAUUUGACCCGAUAAUCUUGAAAAACACUAGAAGUAUUUCUAGUAUACAGUGGAACCAGCUGUUUAUACAGUCACCAUGGGCCAAAAAAAUUUGACCGUAUUAAAGGGUGACGUUAUUUAACAAGGUUUUUUUACAAGAAAAUGAAUGGCCGUUUUGGUGGGUGGCCAAAAAAAGUGGCUGUAAUGGUGAAGUGACUGUAUUACCAAGGUGGUUGUAAGGUGGGGUUCCACUGUACACACAGUCAAAACAAGACAAAAAUUAGAAACAAAAAAUUAUGUUGAGUCUUAAGCUUUGAAUUUCUUCAAGAGUUACUGAUUACAGUACUUCAUCUAAUAAACCAGACACCUUGAAGUCUAUCUGAAAAAUCUAGUUUAGGCUGCACCUUGGUCUCUGAGCUUACAUUUCAGUGUCUGCAUAAUCAGCCAGUGGAAAAACUGUCUCUGAUGAAAUUACAAAUGAGAUUUUGCAUGAAAACAUGAUAUCUUCACAGGCAACAACAUGUUAUCUUCAGAAGUUAAAAGGUUACUGUUGCUGUAGUUACACUAUAAAUUGGCCCUUUUGCAGCAAUAAAAAGUGAAUGGUUUGUUAUUUCAUUGUUGUUCAUAAUAAUGCCACUGAAAUCACUCAACUGUUUUCUAACGAUUAUCUGCAUUUGAAUUAUUUUGAAUAGCUCACUUGAUCAUUUUGAGCAACUCAUGGAGUCGUGGGACUUCCCCUAAGUUUCAAGAAACUCAGUAAUGAGGGAUCUUGUUUCUUGUUUGCUCUACCCCUGCCACCACUCAAUGUAUCAUUAAUAAGUGACCUUGUAUAUUUUCCAGUUGAUUUCCCAUGCCGAAGAAUUCGUGACUCGUUUGAACUGUUGUUAUAGUUUUUCUAUAAUGGAUAGUCACAUGGUCAAACAAGGAGCUCAGAAUGGUCAUGUGAGCUUAAUUGAAUAUUCUAAUGCAUAAGGUUAUUACUUUUUUUGGAGUGCCAACAGUUAGUGAUUUGGGUAGUAAAUAGAACGUUAUAGGCCUCGUGGAGAUACAAAGUUCCUAAUUUCUUGUGUUGAAAAGUAUUUCACUUGUUUCCUGUGCUCCCCUGCAAAAUUGUUCAAGAAUGGAAGAGAAAUUUCGUAUCUCUGCUUUCUUAUGCAUUUUCUUCUCAUUUUUGUGUCCUAAUUUUAACACUUAACCAGUAGUGACACUGCUUACAGUAUCCUUCUUUUUGUGUAAGGAUGACCCAACAGAAGAAGUUGAGUUGACGCAGUGCACAAAAGGAGGAUAUUUUGGUGAGCUGGCUCUGGUCACCCACAAGCCACGAGCCGCCUCUGUUUAUGCAGUUGGAGAUCUGGUCUGUGCAGGUAAAGAAAGUGCAAAUUUUGUAGACACUAAUUGGUCUCUUCCGCCCUAACCUACAAAAACAUCCAUUUCUCCUCGAUAAUGGCCACCCCAAAAGUUCUUCCUUCCCCACCACUGAUAACAAUGUUGGGUGUUAAGAAUCCUGCACGUGUCAGACCUUGUCCCAUGCUGUAGGUUAUGAAAGGUCCUUCAGUUGUAAUUAAAAGAGGCAGAUUCACGUCUGUAAAUUAUGUUAAGCCACCCUGGUGAAAACAGACUUUCCCCUAAAGCUUUGCUUUAACGGAUUGUUGUUCUCUCUUCGCAUGUUGUGAAGCUGGUUGAAAAGAGUAAGGUCUUUUUCAGCCAAUGAAAUAGCCGGGAGCUGACUCUUAGCGAAAUCCCCGGUUCAAGAUCGUGAAACACUUUUGUUAUUCUCAAGUUUCUAGCUAAUGAAAUUCUUGUUUGUUUCUUUUUUUUAGUUCUUGAUGUUCAUGCCUUUGAGCGGCUCCUUGGCCCAUGCAUGGACAUUAUGAAAAGAAACAUAGAUGGUUAUGAAGAACAACUUAAAAAACUUGGCGUUGGAAAUACAGAACUGCGAUAAAGUUCAUCGCAGAAAAUCUUCGAAGUUAGGACUGUUGAUAGAUGGUCUAUUUUUAGACGUUGAACAAAAUGUUUUAUCACUUUCCGACAAUUCAAAUUUGCCAACAUAUUGUUUUAGAGUUUACACAAAAGGAGAAAUUGCUACAUCUUUCAUUGAUUCCGUUGUUAUUUAUAAACAGAUUUGAGCUUAACGUAGUGUUUGUGCCAAGAAAUUGUUAUAAUUUAUUGUUUAAUGAAUCAUUUUCAUACAGGAGAAAUAAAAACUUAUGGAAAAUGUUUAUUACAAUAUUCUGACUUCAACUGUAAAUAA